AAUCAUGUCCAAUCCCGAUAAAGAAUGACCGAGCUGAGCAAAGCCAACUCGUUGGCUAUCCGGCCUCUCAACAGAGCGUCAGUGAACUGAGCGAAGCCCGUAGAAAGGCAGGAGGGAAAAAGAGCUCACCAUAGAAAAGCUCAAAAAAUUUAGGAAGGCGAAGGCGUGGGCGGUCAGAAAUCUGUUCAGAGAAAGAGGAAUCCGAUCGCCGGAGUUCAGAAAUCGACCAUGGAAAUUGAAAUCGACGAGAACGAAUUCAAAGCCGCCGGGGCUGAGUUGCUGACCGAGGGACGGCACGGAGUGCAUAUCCAUGGUUGGGAGAUCGAGUCACGCAAGCGAUCCAUUCUCAACUCCAUCCACCUUCAGCAGUGGGAACAAAAGCUUCACACGACCCACUUACCGGAGAUGGUUUUUGGAGAGAGUUCUCUAGUUCUUUACCACAUGGGUAGCGGUGUUAAGAUUCAUUUCAAUGCAUUUGAUGCUCUUGCCGGAUGGAAGCAGGAAGCUUUACCACCAGUUGAAGUUCCUGCAGCAGCAAAGUGGAAAUUCAGAAGCAAACCUAUCCAGCAGGUGAUACUUGAUUAUGAUUAUACAUUUACAACUCCAUAUUGUGGAAGUGAGAUGGUUGAUGUAAGCCUAGAUAAGUGCCAAAUAGGGGCAAUCCAAGAGGAGGGGAGUUGUUGCUUGCAUUGGGAGGAUUGUGAUGAGCAAAUUGAUUUGGUUGCCCUGGCAUCAAAAGAGACUAUUCUCUUCUAUGAUGAGGUGAUCUUAUAUGAAGAUGAAUUGGCUGAUAAUGGGGUGUCACUCUUAACUGUGAAAGUGAGAGUCAUGCCAAGUUCUUGGUUUCUACUGCUGCGUUUCUGGCUUAGAGUUGAUGGGGUACUUGUGAGAUUAAGGGACACUCGGAUGUAUUGUACUUUCGGGAGCGGGGCUACUCCCAGCAUUCUUCGAGAGUGUUGCUGGAGAGAAGCCACCUUUCAAGAUCUAUCUGCCAGAGGAUUUCCUUCUGAUUCUGCUGCAUAUGGUGAUCCCAGUCUCAUCAGUCAGAGGCUUCCCAUCGUCAAGCAUAAAACCCAAAAGCUGAAAAUCCCUAGUGAUAUGUAAGUAUUCUCAGUUGGUACUUAAGGACGAUAGGGUCCAUGCUUUGUCUUCAUGCAAGAGAAGCUCAAAAUUGUCCUUGUAUGUAAUUGUAGAUGCACGAAACCUCUGGUUAAAUUUGACUUUUGUUGACCAAGGGUUCAUAUUUGUCCCUUUAUUCCUGGUUCAUAACUUAUAAGGAUUUUAUAAGAACAAAAUUAUGGAAA